CAGCAAUCAUCUGAGCGUUGCUAGGGCGGCGCGGCGCGGCGCGGUGUAAACAAACAAACCCUUGGCAUGCUGGCCGCACCUGGCAGGGGCGACGACCUGCACAGAAGAGUCGGUGGUAACUUUUCAGUGUUAAACAGGAGGGGAGAGAGAGUAAUGCUGCCAUGAGUGACAUCGAGUUCAGUGGCACAGACUCGGACCCUGUGUCUGAUGUCAACCCAGAGGAGAUGGCGCGGCUCAUGGCCGACAUAGAUGAUAUAGAUGAUGACUUGUUCAAGAGUAACUUGAAGUCCACCAGCAAGGCAGGGAGCAGCACCAGCAAGGCAGCCAGUCCAGAGAAGAAAGAAACUAAGCGACAAGUAACCUUCAGUGAAAAACCAGCACCGGGAAAAAGAGACAAUGAUAAUGAUGAUGAUGAUGACUGGGAUGCUGAUGACCUACUGUACUCAGAUGAUGAUGCUGCCAAGUCCUCAGGAAAGUCACAAAAGAAGCCACGGUCACCAGGAAAGCCAUCACCACCAGCAAAAAAGGAUGUGGACAUCAGUAACAGCAAAGGUGAUCCUGCAGACACCAGCCAGAAGCCCAAGAAUAAGAAAAAGUUGAUGGCUGAACUCUUUGGUGAUGAUUCCUCAGGGAAUGCCACAUCAGCUGAAGCCUCAGAGUCACCUGGUCUGGCUGCCCCAAGAAGAGACAAGAAAAAACUCAUGUCAGAACUAUUUGGUGGUGAUGAUGAUGCCAGUAAGCCCAGCACGUCACCGGGAAAGGCCACACAGAGGACAGAGACCAGCAGGAAGAAAAGCACUGAUUACUCCAUGUUUGAUGAUGAUGGUGGAGACUUGCUUGGAGAUAUUGGAGACACACAGAAAAGACCCUCAACCUCACCAAAGGGAGGAGGAAGCUUCCUGGAUAGUCUUCUCUCCAAGAGUCCUUUGGAUAAACCCAGAGGAAAAAAACCAUCAGAGUUUGUAUUAGAUGACAAGUACAAAAACACGAGUAAACAAGCAUCACCAAGCAGUGGAGGGUUUCAGGGGUAUGCACCAUCAGCCAACAAGUCCGGUAGCCCCAGAAGGAGAACACCAAGUAAGUCACCUGCCAAGGAUAGCAUGGACUUUGACUUUCUGAGUGACGCAGAGCCCAGGAAGAGAGGCUCCAGGUCAGCUCCCCAGAGGAAACCCUUCGAGGUAGAUGAUGAUGACAUCCUGGGUAAUGUGAGGUCACACAGGAGAGGAAACAAGGAGAUCAGUGGUGAUCCAAGCCCAAAGACAAGGGUGUCUUCAGCACCAGGGACUCAGAAGGAAUCCUCAAGGGCAGGGAGGAAGGAUGACUGGUUGUUUGGGGAUUCUGGGGAAGCAUCUGAGGCUAUGAAGAAAAAUAUUGAAGAGAGCACAGUCACUGCCUCAGUGGAGAAAUGCUGCUGUUCCCAGAAGUCACCAGGCCAAGAUCAAGACUGGCUAGGGAGUCUCCUCACCACCAGUAAAAAGUCUCCCGUUGCAGCUAAACAGGUUCAGAGCAGCCCAGCAGACCCAGGAACUCCCAGCCAAACAUCACAACUGCCUGUCACAAACCCCACCCCUCCCACUCCUGCUACUGUGAGUGGGUCUUCCCAGGGAGCUGUUGUGGCCUCUUCCAUCCCUGCAGCUCCACACACACCUGCUGCAGCUGCCCCUUACACACCAGCUCCAUUGGCAGCACCAGUUGAAAGAAUGCAAAACAGUCCACAAAGUAUGCUGUUGAUGCAGCAGCAGCAGGAGGCUCAGGCUGCUGCCCUUGCUGCCCAGGUCAGAUCACAGCAGGAACAGCUCAGCUCACAGAUGGCACAGCAGCUGCAGCAGCAGCAGCAGAUGAUGGCUGAACUCCUGAGGACACAACAAGAGGCUGCUAAUAAAAGGUACCAGGAGGCUGUGUCCACCAUGGGUCAGUUUGCUAUGGUUCCUCCUGCUGCUCCACAAGGGAACACUUCCAUGGAUGCUGAGCAACAGAAAAACAUUGAGGUGAGCUUGAAAGAAGCAGAAACUGAGGCAGCUAAGGCCAAGGCUGAACUUGACCUGCUUCGCAAACAACACGCACAGGAAGUGGUUCUCUUGGAGGAAAGUCACAGGAGACAGCUGGAGGUGGAGCGAGGAGUGUGGGGGCGAGUGGAGGCUAGACUCAGGGAGGAACGAGACUCUCUCCUCUCAGACUUUCAGAGUAAACUGUCAUUGCUGCAGGUAUAGUGACCCAAAGAGAGCCUGUCCACAUCCUACCAAGGGCAACUGGCAGCAGUGAAGGAGGAGUGGUCACAAGCUGUGGAGCGCACCAGGGAGCUGUACACCAGUAUGCUGGACCGGGUGCGGGAGGAGCACUCAUCUGCCUUGGAGAGAGUGACGCACCUCAAGGAUAUGGAACUGAAGGCAGCGGUGUCUGCCUCAGGACACAUCAAGGAGGUGGAAGUGGUGAUGGGGCAGCUGGAGACCAACACCUCUGAUCUCACGGAACUCACAGCGUCCAUCAACACUCGACAUGACUCUGCCCUGGAGCUGACACAGAGGGCACUGAAGAUGAAGGAGAAGCAGUUGCAGGACUUUGAGGGGCAGCUGGCGGCGUCCCAUGCUGAGGCUGAGAAUGAGCGUGGUCGCCUCAACACCCUCAUCCACAGGCUAGAAAACACCCUCCUGCAGCAGGGCUCAGAGGUUGAGAAGGAGCGAUGGCGGCUGGCUCAGGAGAGGAUGAAGGUAGAGACAGAACGGCAGGCCAUGAUGGAGGAGAGGAAGCACCUGCAGCUGAGCACUGAAACAGAGAGGAUGAACUUGGCUAAGGCGCGUGACAACCUCCUCUCUGAACACCGCACUCUGCUGCAGUCCGUGGCUCAGCAGAAGCAGGAGCUGACAAAUGCACAGGCUGACCUCAGUAGACACCAGAUAUUGCCUCAUCUGAGUGCUGCUGGGACCUCCUCAAAUAUAGUUAAUCUGCCUCAUUUUGAGUUUACCAUGCUGGGCCGAGAUGUCGAGGCUUCCUUGGCAAGUGAGGAGCAGCGGCGCCUCAGAGAGAAGAUGAUGGCCGUGGCUCUGCAGCAGCAGCGCCUGAAGGAGGAGGAGGCCAGGCUGAAGGAGUUGAGUCUGCAGCUGGAAGAGGAAAGGAUGAAAGUGAAUCUAGAGAAAGAAGGAAAUGCCAAGGAGUCAGCAAUGCUGGACAAGACUCGGCGAGACAGUGAGACAGCCAGGGAGGAAAUAAAGGCACUGAGGUUGGAGCAGCAGGAAAGGCUUGGCCAGAUUGCUGCUCAGACUCGGUCCUUGCACACCCAACAGGAUAAAAUUGACAAGGAACACUUGCGGCUUCAGCAGCUGCGAGAGGAGGUGGUGCGUCUGGCCCAAGCUGGGGUGUGUGCCGUGUGCCAGAGGCGUGGUGGGGCACAGCUGCUUCUGGAGGCUCCUACUGGGGGACACCGCCUACCUGGGGAUGGUGGUGAGGGACACACCCCCUCUGUCUCACGUCUUGGGGAACUGAGCAACAAGGUGGACAGGUCACCUGCCUCAGUGUUGGCUCGUUUGGCCGCGGCCCGGGAACAGGAGAACAAGGAGAGGGAGAAGAGGCUCUUGAUAAUAUCUGCUCUUGAGUCAUCUUGAUGUUUAGCCUUCUUAUGGUAUUGUGGUAUCAUUGAAAGCCAAGUGCUCUGGUAAGUGUGAUGCUGGAAA